AUGUUUUACAAAGCCAAGUUCCAACCCGGAGAUAAAUUCGUCUAUGGGAUUUAUGGCAUUCAAUAUCAGGGUCAAAGCCUAAGCGGCCGGCAACUGGAUCUUGUUCAAAAGUUCGACAACCUUAUCGCUGGACAGGCCCACCUCGAUCGCAUCACUGUUCCAGGUACUGAUGAGAUGAGCACCCAGAUCUGGCUCUCAUAUUGGUGGCCAGAGUCCCAUGCAACAUGGUGGUCAACACCUGCCGUGAAAGAGUUCUGGGACGGACUCCCAGAAGACGCAGGCAUGUGGCGAGAAAUUCUUACCGUCACAGCCAGUCGGGUACAGAAUGCGUGCACUGCUGAGUUAAAGAAUGGCAUGAAUGGCCUUGGAGAGAUGGAGCCAUUUGGUGACAAGAUUGGAUAUUGGGGGUGCGUUCGUCACCGUAUACCGGACGUGAGUUUGGGUGAUAAGUUGGCCUCAUCAUUAGAGGAAAUGCCUCCACGGGUACCAGAAACAAGAAGCAUCCGUCCUGGUAGGACGAUCGUCACCGACCUACCGGAGAACAUAUGUUUUCUGGUCGAGGGCCAAGACCACUCGGGUAUGUCGAGUCGAGAGAAAGCGCUGUGGUUUGAGGAGUUCGACGACCUAGUUACUGGAUGGAUGGACCAUCUAGCAAAGGAUACCACUGCUAACGGACUUUUCGAUGUACGAAUGGGCUAUGUCUCGGACUUUGGAACGUUCAAUAAUGGAACCCCAAUCAACUUGAACCAUAAUAGGAAGAUUGAGAUGUUCUACUGGCAGGAUAUGAGUAAGUUUGAGCGGGUUGGUAGAGUUCACAGAGGUCAUGUUAAGCUUCGCAAGCGAUGGAUGGAGGUUUAUGGGCCGGGAGGAGAGAUGGGUAAUGGUGUAGGUCAGAUUAACCUCUGGGAAGAGACCUCAAUUAUGAGAGGCCCAGACAUAUUCGCCGAGUAUGUAGGAUGCCGUGAGGGCACUGGUUUUAUGGCGUUUGAUACGUUAGUUAGGAAGUAG